CAAGGCACCUGCUUUUACUCCUCUCCUCAUCCUCGGAGCACCAUGAGGACCAGAUAACCGCCCAGCUGUCCGGAGACUAUGGGUGCCUGCCUGUGCAGAGGUCACAAAGAACUUCACUACCCCAUGACUGGACUGACUGCAGAGGGUCAACCGACCUGCUCCAAUGAUGGUCAGAUGCCCUCCAACGGAACGCUCUCAGACAAGAGCAACCAGUACGACAUCGGCGAGCUGGCUACCUCCUCUCUGAUAGGUCUGGUGGCCACGAUAAAGGAGCACAUCACCAAGCCAACAGCCAUGGCCCAGGGUCGGGUCGCUCACCUGAUCGAGUGGAAGGGAUGGGGGGGAGGCGGCGAGGCGGGAGGAAGUGCUGGGUGGGGCAAAGCGGGAGGAGGCUGGGGGGGCAUGGGGGCAGAGCUGCAGGAGGACGAGCAGUUCUACUCACAGAUGACGGACGAGAUCAAGGAAGCCCGGUUUGCUGCAGGGGUGGCUGAGCAGUUCGCCUUGGCCGAGGCUGCCAUGAACAUAUGGUCCUUGGAUGAUGAUUCAGAGCGACCGUCCACCAGCCGGCAAGCGCCUCAGAGCCUUUACCUGUCUCACUUCCUGUUGGACGGUGGAAGUGUCGGGGUGCCUCACCACCUGUACAACAUUCACGCUCAGAACUACUGCGACAACAUGGCCGCCACUUUAGUCCCAGCGUCGCAGCCGCCCAGUUCUUCCAUGCAGAACUCCCAGCUGGAAACCAAUCCUCCCAUGGAGAACGGACUCGCUGCAAACGUGGACGGCGUGGUGCGACAUGUGGACAGCAGCUCGCUCUCAGAGGACGACGUUUUUUACAACUAGAUUUGCUGGAAAGCAAGCUAAACAAAGGGACCGCGACUCAUCUGCCAGCAAUGUUUGAACCCGUCGUUGAUGCUAAAGCUGAACCAACACAGCGACAAGGCCUUUUGUGAAUUCACAGUUUUAGCUCCACCGAUCAUUUUUUUAUGGAUUCAGUUAUUUUAUCACGUAGGAGACGGUGAAUUCUUUUGGCUCAUACGUGUGAAUGUAAAG